AUGGAGAAGAUAACACGCCAAAUGAAAGUGAACAAGGAUUGGGAAUCAGCUCCCCCUCCAUACCCAAGUGGGUGGUACGGCAUUCUCGAAUCAAUGUGCUUGCGGGCUGGAGAAAUUAGAAACAUCAACUGUUUAGGACAGAGUUUGGUGGUUUACCGAGGAGAGAGAGACUGUGUUUACGUGUUAGAUGCUUUCUGCUCUCAUCUGGGAGGUAACAUGGGGGUGGGUGGCAAAGUGAUACACAACGGCAUCUCAUGCCCGUAUCAUGGGUGGCUCUAUAGCGGCGAAGAUGGCAGAUGCUUUCAAAUACCCUACGGACAGUCUGGCAGUAGAAUACCAAUGAAUGCCUGCGUGAAAGCUUACCCCACCCUGGAGAUGAAUGGUUUCAUAUACAUCUGGCAUCAUUCAAACAAUCGACCGCCAGCCUGGCAACCGGAGGCAAUUGAUGAGGUGCAGUUGAAGAAGUGGACGUACAGAGGAAGGAGUGAACAUUACGUCAACGUCCACAUACAAGAGUUCCACGAGCAGGGCACGGAUCUUUACCAUUUGACGCAAGUGUACGGCCCAAGUAUGUUUGCUAAAUCGGAUUUAAGGUUUCUUUCAAAAUGGUGGUUGAAAUUUAUGUUUCACGAUUGGCACGGAGCAUGGUCACGUGAUCAAGAGCGCCCCCACGUUGGUAUUUUAAAACAAACUCAUAAACUUUUGCUCUUCGGUGGCAACUACUUCCCAUUCAUGGACUUCGAAGCAGAGGCAGAACAAAUCGGGCCAGGAAUAGUAAACAUGAGAUUCUCAAGUCCCUCUGGUAGCGGAGUUCUGGUGCAAAGCAUCGUUCCUAUCAAAAAUACCAUACAACGUUUGGUGCAACAUAUCUACUUCGAUAAGUCAACACCAACUUUUAUAGCUAAACUGUUUCUUUAUCAUCAAUCGAUUAGAACUGAAAGAGACAUAAUGAUCUGGAACAACAAAAAGUACCUAAAUCACCCCAUACUUAUUGGAACACAAGCCGAUGCAGGAAUCAAAGAUUUGAGACGCUGGUACUCACAGUUCUACGAUGAC